GGCAACUUGUCCGAGCGGUUAAGGAGAAAGACUUGAAAUCUUUUGGGCUUUGCCCGCGCAGGUUCGAGUCCUGCAGUUGUCGUUAUUUUUGGUCUUUAUUUAUUUUUCAACUUCAACCCGUCCUACUGAGUCUUUACGUGUUAUGAUUCAAUUCAUCAUCGAUUUUUGUUUUUAAUACUUUCAUUAUCCAUGUCUAAAUUCAUUGAAUACAAAGGGUUUAGCCACAUAUGGGACUACUCAGGCCCUUGGCUUUAUUGGCUAAUUGGACUCUGGCUUUGUUCCCCAUUACUUGCUUAUUACAUCCUACCACUUAUCUCCACCCGUCGACAUGGAGGUCGGAAAAUAAUUUCAAUAUUUGUAUUAGGAGACUUGGGACAUUCGCCACGGAUGUGUUACCAUGCAUUGUCAUUCAGUAAAAUGGAUUACACUGUUAAUUUAUGUGGAUACUUGGAGACUGAACCACCAUUGAAAUUGAUUGAUGAUAUUAAUAUCGAUAUUAAUGAGAUUAAAGCGGUGAAGAACACCAACGGGUUGCCAUUUAUUUUGUUUGCCAUGUUGAAAGUAUGUGUUCAAGUGAAACAGAUUUUCCAAUUGUUGUUUGCCAAUGGCGAUUCCGAUUUUAUCUUGAUUCAAAACCCUCCUUCAAUUCCAUUGUUGGCGAUUAUCAUUGUUUAUAUUGCCAUAUUCAACCGCAAUUGUAAAUUGAUUAUCGAUUGGCAUAAUUUGAAUUAUUCUAUUUUGAAUCUAAGAUACCAGAAUUUGAAUCAUCCAUUGGUCAAACUAGUUAAGUUUUAUGAACAGUGGUUGGGUAAAUUUGCGUGGUUGAAUAUUACCGUGACUAACCAAAUGAGCAAAUUCUUGGUUCAGGAGUUCGGGUUUCCCGCACAAAGAAUAACUACAUUGUAUGAUAGACCAGGUGAUCAGUUUCAACCAUUGGCUGAAUCCAAACUGGAUGUCAUGUCCAGAUUUGAUCUUUUCGACAAAGUCCAGAAUAUUGACAGUUAUAAAAUCUUGGUCACUUCAACGUCAUUUACUCCUGAUGAAGAUUUCGAAAUUUUAUUGCAGGCGUUAAAACAGUAUCAUGAUACCAAAAAUGUGCCUCCAGUGUUACUCAUAGUUACCGGUAAAGGACCAUUGAAACAGCAGUUUCUUGAACGAGUCAUCGAACUCGACUUUUCAUCCAAAGUCAUUGUGAAAACCGCGUGGUUAGCAUCAGAAGAUUACCCAACAAUACUAUCGCUUGCAGAUUUAGGAGUUUCCUUACACACAUCAUCAAGUGGAAUUGAUUUACCCAUGAAGAUUGUUGACUUUUUCGGAUGUGGAAUCCCAGUAGUUUCUCUUAGUUUUCCAGCCAUCAAUGAAUUGGUCAAGGAAGGUGUUAAUGGAUUAUUGGUAACUAGUGAUGAUAAAUCACUGGAAAUGUGUAAAUUAUUCAUCAAGGUGUUUACUAGUAGUGAAUUACUGGCCAAAUUAAAACUUGGUGCAUUACAAGAAAGUAAUUUACGAUGGGAUCAAAAUUGGUCAACAGUAUUAGGUAAGACCUUUGAAUAUUAAUAAGCAUAUGUAUAUAUAUGUAUAUUUACAAAUUAACUUAGAUAUACUUCACCAAUUUUGGAUCGAUAUACUCUGCCAAUUGAUUAUUCCAAUCUUGAAUGCCUUCAAGUAUGAACAGCCUCGUUGACUCCUCUACAAAUGGCAAUUUCGAUUUCUGCAAUUCCAAAUUAGUAUCAAUACAUUUACGCAAUAAUAAAACUCGGCUGAUAUCCUGCCUAGACAACAUUUCAUCAAGAUAUUCUCCAAAGUACUUCACAUCAUCUUCAUGAGGCCCUCCUUGAGACAAUGACAUAGUCACCCAUUCCUUAAUUCUACUUUCUAAAUCUCUCAUCAGUACGUACUGGUCAAGAAACUUUGGGGUCUCUGUAACUUUGCUCUGCCGAGCUACCCAGUCUUCAUCCACCGUUUUGACUUCAACUUGCCUUUGCUUCUCUAAAAGAAGAAGUUUAUCACGUACAGGAACCAAAUCGAGGUUCUUCACUUUAUGAGUAUACUCCACAUCUUUUAAUACAGAGUUCCGAAUCGAGGAUGGCAACUCAGCAAGCACUGACGAAUCAUACGAUUGUGAAGGCUCAUAUAGCUUCACUGGCAGGACCAGUCGCAGAGGUUUAGUAGAUGAAGGUCUACCUUUCUUGGGUGAUUGCCGUUUAGUGGGUGAUUCAAUUACUCGAACAUAUUUGGUGGUUCCUGAUUGGGUAGGAAGUAAUUGUUGGAGAUAUGCCUUGGUGUUGGGUUCCCGUUUAACUGCAACCAUGCGCCGUCGAGAUAAUUCUCGCUCAAGCUCUUGUUUUAUAUCGGAAGGGAGUGAUUCAAAUACGUCCCAAUCAAUAUCAUCUAAAUUAUGAGAGAAUUUAGGGCGUUUUUCAAAAUGAUCCUUAGUGAUUCCUAUUCGUUUCUUUGGUGAUGGAGUUUUUGAUCGUAACUUGGAUUCAAAUUGCACCUGCUGCUGUUGAAACUCCUUAAAUUGAUCAUUAACAUCUCC